CGAGCAAAACAUUUUCCACCGGCUCUUUCUCUUUGUCCAUCCACCUACCUGCUGAAGCGACAUCCACAGCAUCCAUGGCGACUGUAGUCGAUACAAAACUGUACGACAUUCUCGGAGUGUCUCCAUCCGCAUCUGAAAAUGAGCUGAAGAAGGCAUACCGGAAACUGGCGAAAGAAUACCACCCCGACAAGAACCCGAACGCUGGUGACAAGUUCAAAGAAAUCAGUUUUGCCUAUGAGGUGCUGACCAACCCUGAAAAGAAGGAACUUUAUGACCGCUAUGGUGAACAAGGCUUGCGGGAAGGAGGUGGGGGUGGCCCAGGGAUGGAUGAUAUCUUCUCCCACAUCUUUGGCGGUGGACUCUUUGGAUUCAUGGGUGGUCAGGGGAGUCGCUCCAGGAAUGGAGGAAGGAGGAGAGGAGAGGAUAUGGUCCACCCACUCAAGGUGUCACUGGAGGACCUUUACAAUGGAAAAACAACUAAACUUCAACUUAGCAAGAAUGUACUGUGUAGCACUUGUAAUGGGCAGGGAGGCAAGACAGGCGCUGUUCAAAAAUGUACAACAUGUCGGGGGCGUGGCAUGCGCAUCAUGAUCCGACAGCUAGCCCCAGGGAUGGUCCAACAGAUGCAGUCUGUGUGUACUGAUUGUAAUGGAGAAGGUGAAGUUAUCAGUGAGAAAGACCGCUGUAAAAAAUGUGAGGGAAAGAAAGUUGUGAAAGAGGUGAAGAUCCUGGAGGUACACGUGGACAAAGGCAUGAAGCAUGGCCAGAAAAUAACUUUUGGAGGCGAGGCUGACCAGGCACCUGGUGUUGAGCCUGGGGAUAUAGUUCUUGUCCUGCAGGAAAAAGAUAAUGAGACAUUCAGGCGAGAUGGCAAUGACCUGUUCAUGAACCACAAGAUCGGGCUGGUGGAGGCGCUGUGCGGCUUCCAGUUUAUGCUGAAACACUUAGAUGGAAGACAGAUCGUUGUAAAAUACCCUGCUGGCAAAGUCAUUGAACCAGGUUCAGUCAGGGUGGUGCGAGGAGAGGGCAUGCCACAGUACCGAAACCCUUUUGAGAAGGGAGAUCUGUAUGUCAAGUUUGAUGUCCAGUUCCCCAACAACAACUGGAUCAGCCCUGAGAAACUUGCGGAGCUGGAGGACAUGCUGCCCUCACGAUCAGAGCCACCCAUCAUCACCGGAGACACAGAGGAGGUCGACCUGCAGGAUUAUGACGUCAGCCAGAGCUCGACGUCGGGUAGCCGCAGAGAGGCCUACAACGACAGCUCCGAUGAGGAGGGUGGCCACCAUGGGCCCGGGGUACAGUGUGCCCACCAGUAGUCUCAUACUCUCUGGCAUAUACACACAUAUGACCCAUGUUUUGCUUGGGGAGAAAAUGUAUGAGUUGCAGAGUAAACAAGGAUGUAGGUCAGACUGAAAAGGCUUGGUAAUUCCUCAGACACAGAUCAAAUAAACAUUACACUGAGUCAUGGCACCUGGAAUUGUUGAUUGUUAUUGACUUGUGUGCUGAGAUUAUUUUGAUGUUUGUCUGAGGAACUCCCACUGGGGCAGCCAAAGACUUUGCACUGCACCUGAAACAGAUUUAGACACUUUAAACAGCAACUUCAGGUAGAAGGCAUAUCAAGUAUUUAAGAUGUAUCAAAACAGAUGGAUGCCCCAGUGAAUGCCAUGCCAUGUAGGACUAUGAUCUGGUGUUCAAGGUGAACCCGUCACCUUUCUAUUUCUCUGUCACCCCCUGUUGAAGUCCAUUCCCCUCCUCUAAUGAGAACUCCAAAUCAAUCGAAGAAAGGAGUGUUUCUUGUUUGCUGAGUGUGUGACUUGCAUUUUGUUUUCAUAGUAUUUACAAUAAUUAAUUUAAAAACUAACCAAUGUGCAUAUACAGACAAAGCAGCUGAGAAAUGUAAUGUGCAGAUCCUUGGACUCGUACAGUGGCAUGCAGAAGUUUGGUCAAAGUUUCAGUUACUGUGAAUGCGAAGUGAGUAAAAGAAUCUGAUUUCCAAAAGUCAUACAUUUCUUUACUAUUUUAAGCGAGAUUUUUUUUUUUAAAUCUUUGACAGUUUCCAAAUAAAAGGAAAAGAGUCCAAAGCAAACGUUUGGGUACCCUGUGUGGUCAGUACUUGAUAACACCCCAUUUAGCAACUACCACAGCUUGUAAACACUUUUUGGAGCCAACCAAGAUUUUUUCAGCUCAUAUUUGAAGGAUCUUCACCAAGUUUUCCUUUAAGAAGGUUUCUUGUUCUGUGAGAUUCUUGCAUGCAUGCACUGCUCUGCUUUAAGGCCUUUCCACAGAUUUCCCACAGAUGUUAAGAUUGAGGGACUGUGAGGGCCAUGGCAAAACCUUCAGCCGGAGCCAAUUGAGGUCGUCCAUUGUGGAUUUUGCAGGAAGGAUUUACUUCUGAUGACUCUUCCAUGAAGGUCAUGUUAUUUGUGCAGGUGUGGUUGCACAUCUUCCUGACCGUCUUCUGCAGUCAAACAGGGGGUUUGAUUUGCCUUUCUAGAAAUCCUGUGAGCAGUACCCUCUGAAAGAUUUCUUGUUGUUCCAGAUCUCAACGUUCCCCGCUACUGUUAACUGCCAUUUCUUCAUCACAUUACAAACUGAGAUCAACGUUUUAAUUUUCAGAGUGCUAGGCAGCUGCUUAGAGGAGCCCAUGGCUUUUGAUUGUUGGGACAAGGUUUUGGGAGUCAGAGUAUUUAUAAAGCUUUGAAAUUUUCAUCACUUGGCCUUUCCUACCAAGGACUGUGAUCAAGCUAUAGUCCUAACAAGCUGAUCAAGGUCAGGGACCUUGGUAAAAGUUAUCCGAGAACUCAGAUCUUUUGGGGUGCCAAAACUUUUACAUUGUGCUCCUUUCUUCACUCUAAAAUUGGACAGAAUAAAAAAAGUGCAUUAAUCUUACAAUGUUGAAAAGAAUGUUUAAUGUAUGACGUUAUACCUUUUUUCACAGGAACAGAAAUUUUGACCAGAGGUGCCCAAAACAUUUAUUAUGCCUCUGUAUUCGUGGAUUCAUCCACUCAGCACCAUUAACAGGAUUUGUUUCGGAUUUUUGCAGCUUUGUUUUAUUUUGUAGGUGCUUCAUUUUAUUUCUUUCUUUAUAUUUUAAUUCAUACAGAAAAUUGGUUGUUGUGUAUAUCAUUGAACUGGUUGAUGGUAAGUUUCAUCAGUUGCUGUAUUCAAAGCUGUGUGAUUUUUAAAAAAGAAAAAAUGACAAGUGAAAAGACAAAUGUAUAGCCCGUAUCUGUGCUGAGACCAUGUGCAUGUAAAAAGCUUUGGUUCCUGCACUUAUCAAACAUCAAAUAAAGCAGCACACUUCUUAAGAAAAUGUCUAUGAAGUUGUUGAAUAAAUUGUUGAAAUAUCA